AUGCGACAUCCAGUGGAUUCAGUGACUUGGGGUCAGAUUAACAGCAAAUGUCUGGAGUUUGCUGCUGAAGCAAGAAACCUAAGACUAGGUAUCUCUACUGAUGGCAUGAAUCCGUUCUCCAUCCAGAACACCAAGUAUAGAACAUGGCCUGUUCUCUUAGUCAACUACAACAUGGGUCCGACUCAGUGCAUGAAAUCCGAGAACAUUAUGUUGACAAUGUUGAUACCUGGCCCAACCGCACCAAGCAACAACAUUGACGUCUAUCUCCAGCCACUGAUAGAGGACCUGAAGAGUUUGUGGACAGAAGGUAUGGCAGUGUAUGAUUCGUUUAAGAAGGAGAGUUUCAAUCUUAGAGCUAUGUUGAUGUGGAGUAUCACCGACUAUCCUGGUUUAGGUACAUUAGCUGGCUGUAAAGUGAAGGGGAAGCAAGCCUGUAAUGUCUGUGGCAAGGAUACACCGCAUAGGUGGCUAAAGUUUAGUCGCAAACACGUUUACAUGGGGAACAGGAAGCGUCUCAUGCCUAAUCAUCCUUAUAGAAGAAGGAAAAGAUGGUUUGACAACACGGUGGAGCUUGGUACUGCAAAUAGGAUUCAGAGUGGUGCUGAAAUCUGUGAUAGUCUUAGGGAUUUUAAAAACGACUUUGGGAAAAAGUUAAGUAAGAAGAGUAAGCGAAAAAGGACAACAGGAGAUGAGGAUGAUGUUGUUUCAGCUGACGAGUACGAAGAAGAUGAUGAUCUCUGGCGGUGGAAGAAAAAAUCAAUUUUCUUUGACUUACCUUAUUGGAAGGAUAUGCAUGUUAGGCAUAACAUAGAUGUUAUGCACGUGGAGAAGAAUGUCUCUGAUGCAUUGCUAUCUAUUCUGAUGCAUAGUGGGAAAUCAAAGGAUGGCCUCAAAGCAAGAAAAGAUUUAGAAGACAUGGGUAUUAGAAGCAACUUGCAUACUGAAGUUAGGGGAAAGAAGACUUACUUGCCUCCAGCUGCGUAUUGGCUUUCUAAGGAAGAAAAAAAGAAAUUCUGCAGAAGGUUAUUCAACUUCAGAGGCCCUGAUGUUUACUGUGCCAAUAUCUCCAACUGUGUCUCACUGGAUCCUCCCUCUAUUGGCGGCAUGAAGUCACAUGACCAUCAUGUUCUAAUGCAGAAUCUGUUACCGGUUGCGUUGAGAGGUCUACUUCCACGAGGUCCUCGUCUUGCAGUGACUCGGAUAUGCAAUUACUUCAACAGACUGUGGCUGUUACCAGUUGCGUUGAGAGGUCUACUUCCACGAGGUCCUCGUCUUGCAGUGACUCGGAUAUGCAAUUACUUCAACAGACUGUGUCAGCGCAUCAUUGAUCCAGAGAAGAUUAUUAAACUAGAAGAAGAAAUUGUGGAGACAAUGUGUCAGCUAGAGAGAUACUUUCCUCCAUCUCUGUUUGAUAUCAUGUUUCAUCUUCCACUCCAUCUAGCAAGAGAAGCACGCUUGGGUGGCCCUGUACACUUCAGGUGGAUGUAUCCCUUUGAGAGGUAUAUGAAGACACUAAAAGCUUUUGUCAAGAAUUUUGCAAGACCAGAAGCUUGUAUGGCCGAGGGUUAUUUGGCUGGUGAAUGCCUUGCAUUUUGUAUGGAGUUCCUACAGAAAUCUGUUCCAGUUGAAGAAGCAAUGACAAGAAACGAAGAUGUUGAGACGACUCAGAAUGUUCUUGAAGGCCGAACGCUGCAUAAAGCAAAAGAAGUGAGUCUUACUGACAAAGAGAGAGAUGUUGCUCACCGGAUGCAUUUAGAAGAACUUCAAAAUACAGAUGACCAUUCGCAAAGGCUGAGAUGGCUUGCUUUUGGACCAAGAAAUAUUGCUCACACCUACAAGGGAUUUGUAGUUAAUGGCUAUCGAUACCAUACAGACGAUAUGCAGAGGAAGACACAGAACAAUGGAGUAGCAUAUGAAGCCUUUUCGAUGUGCAGAGCUAGUGCCAAAGAUUCGAGGCAACAGACUGAUAUAGUAACAUACUAUGGCGUGAUAAAGGAGAUCAGUUUGCUUGACUAUCACAUGUUUCAAGUGCCUCUGUUUAAGUGCAGUUGGGCUCAUAAAGGUAGAGGACUUAAAGAGGAAGACGGUUUCACACUAGUGAAUCUCCAUAUGAACCAGUCAACAUUUGCAAACGAUCCGUACAUUAUGCCUUCACAAGCUAAACAAGUGUUCUAUUCUAGAGAGGAAGAUAACUCUCCUUGUUAUGUAGUGAUGAGAGCACCACCACGAGGGUAUCAUGAGUUAGAGACAGAAGAAGAGAUUUGUUAUGCAACGUUAGCAGUCCAGCCUGAAGAAGAUAUGGGAGAUCAAUCAUCCGAUGACGAGAGUUUCUGUGUUAGGAAUGACUGUGAGGGUCAACUAAUAUAUGAAUAA